CAACCUGCGGAUUCCUGUUAGAGUCUCACACACAGUCUGUAGGAGUAGGUGACCGUCACUGAGACCACUUCAGCUGUUAAAGGGCGGCUUUUGUCAGUGCGCAACGGUUGGAAAUCUUAGUUUUUGGAGAGCAAACAUAUCCGCUUAAGUAAAAUGGCUUCUGUCAGAGGACUUGUUGUUUUAUUAGUGAACUUCGUAUCAAACGGUGUCUUUUGACCGACUUUACCGGAGCGCUCAGAAUAAAGUUUCACAUGGUGCACUUUAUCCUGAAGCAGCACAGCGCGCUACGGGAAUCAGAAAUGAAAGCAGGGCCGACACUAUUUUGCGCUUUUCUCUUUAGAAAGUAUUUCAAAUGGCUUGAUACACGAGUCUUUUCUCGCUUUUGAUCUGCGGCUGCCACAGAUAAGAGCGCGCUCGGACGGACUUUGGUUGCCAUUACGCACAUUUUACAUUUGGAUAAGCGACUGAAACUCCAGGCCAGACACACUUGGGACUCCGGAGAGCACAGCGGGACAACACCAUGACCAGCUGCUGGCUUGCCUUGGUCGGAUUGUGGUGGAGCGCUUAUUACUGCAUGUUCCUGGUCGCGGGGAGUAAUUAUUCACUGGAUGGAAACAGCGAAGUGCACCCGGGUUUCAUCCACCGGCGGCUGCGGACGCACGAGAAGAGAGAGAUGCAGAAAGAGAUCCUGUCCAUCCUCGGGCUGCCGCACAGACCGAGACCGCAUCUGUCGCACGGAAAGUACAACUCCGCUCCUCUGUUCAUGUUGGACUUAUACAACACCAUAUCAAGCGAAGAGAAAAGCCAAGUGGAAGGCAUGCUGGACCGAUAUCAGACUAUGCGUACGACCCAGAGUCCUCCUCUGGCCACAUAUCAAGAAACUGCCUUUCUAAAUGACGCAGAUAUGGUGAUGAGCUUCGUCAAUCUGGUGGAGUACGACAGGGAGCUCUCUCCGCAGCGGCGUCACCACAAGGAGUUUAAGUUCAACCUCUCACAGAUCCCAGAGGGCGAGGCCGUCACCGCAGCCGAGUUUCGUCUCUACAAGGAGUGUGUGAGCCGCGCCUUCCGCAAUGACACCUUCCUACUCAAAGUCUACCAGGUGGUCAAGGAGCACCCUGACAGAGAGGCAGACCUGUUCCUGCUGGAGUCUCGCAGGCUGUGGGCGGCUGAGGAGGGCUGGCUGGAGUUUGACAUCACUGCCACCAGCAACCUGUGGGUAAUGAGCCCGGUUCACAACCUGGGCCUGCAGGUCAGCGUGGAGACCAGCAGCGGGCAGAGCAUUAGCUCCAAGGAGGCGGGGCUCGUGGGGCGCGACGGCGCGCUGGAGAAGCAGCCUUUCAUGGUGGCGUUCUUCAAAGUCAGUGAAGUGCAUAUCCGUACCGCUCGCUCCACUGGCGGGAAACGUCAUCGCCAGCAGAACCGCAACCGAUCCACGCAACCACAGGAAGGAUCCAGAGGCCUCGGCCCAGCAGAUUACAACAGCAGCGAUCAGAAGACGGCGUGCAGAAGACAUGAGCUCUACGUCAGCUUCAGAGAACUGGGAUGGCAGGAUUGGAUCAUUGCUCCUGAAGGCUAUGCAGCCAACUACUGUGACGGAGAGUGCUCCUUCCCCCUUAACGCCCACAUGAACGCCACCAACCACGCCAUCGUACAGACACUGGUUCACCUGAUGAACCCCGAGAACGUACCAAAGCCAUGCUGCGCCCCAACCAAGCUCCACGCCAUCUCAGUGCUCUACUUUGAUGACAACUCCAACGUCAUACUGAAGAAAUACAAGAACAUGGUGGUACGGGCCUGCGGCUGCCACUGACACUGGCGUCAAGGGCUGACAACGCUCGAUCGAAAGUUGGGUUGGCAAACGGCUGUGACCAGUGACUCCUGGGUGAUGACACCAGCUUCCUGACCAAAUCCUCAGCCUACAAGGAAUGAAAAAUCAUUAUCAUGUUUUAUUCCAAUAAUCUUGGACCGUUCAAAACAUCCAUCAAAUAACAUGAACAUUCUUCUUCAUCAAACUAAGAGGGGACCAUUGCAAAAAAAAAUGGCACCGUAUGGGUGUCAUUUAUAGGCAACUUCACCCUCCUCCAGUGUUGAGCCACCAAGUUGUCUGUCGCCUUCUCUAUUAGCUGUGGAGUCUUCACUUCAUGGGUCUGCAACUGAGUGAAUGACUGUGUGUGUGUGUGUGGGGAGGAUGGCGUGUUUAAGUUUGUAUAUUAUGUGUGUGUAUGAACGCCUAAGAGGCUACUGCACCCUCUCCCUCACUGAGAGGGCGAGGGCAAAAAACUGAACUGUUGUGGGACCAGUCCGCACGCUGCUUUCCUUCCCUUCUCCUCUCCGACAAAAACACACGGUGGAUCAGUUCUCCGAAAAAUUACUGAUGAACAACUUCCCCACAGCUCACAAACUCGGGGAGUUGACUCAGUGUUAUCACAGCACUGAAAGCCAACAGUAGUCAACAUCUGGUUUAAAGACAGAAAAUGUGUAUAAAUGGUUUGAGCGAGAUGGGAAAAUACAAACAUAGUUUCCUUUUCAGUGCAAGUUAACUCAAACGAUCUACUACUAAAUGAUACAUUGGAGUCAGUAGAUUCAUAUUUCCUUCCUCUUUCCUAAUGUAUUUUCUUCUCAAGCCAUAUUUGCCCUCCUAAAAUAUAAUAUGGACUGAACCAAAGUGACCGCAGGCUAUUUUAGUAGCGCACUGCUCCAAAUAUCCCCUCCGUGUCAAUAUUUGCUGGGCUCACGCGGAGCUGCGAUUCACCAGGCUGGUUCAACAUGAUGCAUGUUGUGGCUAAACUGAUGUUUUUCUCCAAAGAACCGAAGAAUACAGCCUUAUCCCUCCGACAUACCGCAAAUGGCCAUUUCCAUGUUUCUGCACUCGCAAAGUUAACAAACGCUUCCACCCCUGACAACCCAUCAAGAGAUUGGGGAAAAACAUUUAGCGAGUCAAAAACAGCCGGCAGAACGGUUUCUGCGCCAGCUUUCUGAAAUUAGCCUUUUGCUUUUUCAACCCUGAGGGUAAAAAAUUUCUGUUGAAAUUUGUGUCCAGUGGCAACGUCUUUCCGAUUGAACAUGUUACUGUGAGCUUUGAAUGACAUGGAGGUUUUUUUGUUUUGUUUUGUUUUUUUAGAGAGCAUAUUUUAAUGGAAAACUAAUACCAACGAGAAUCAAAAUACCUUAUGUGCCUAACCAACCAUAAAUUACAAAAUAUACCUCUGGUAAGCUGCUGUUUACAUUUGUGAUCAUGUUUAGACUGUUUUUUGUAAAUACUUGUACAUUCUCAGCUUAUUUAUUGCACCUUUUAUUAAAAAGAAAAAUCACAUACCUUAUUAACAGAGACCGAUGCAAGAACAAAAUGAAAAUACAAACUUAUUUUUGAAAUUUUUUUUAUUAUGAAAUCUCAUGUUACAACUUGCCAUUAUUCACUCUUUUUUUUUGUACAAAAACCAUGGGUAGUCACAACCCAUGACUCACAAGGAAAAAUACUUCUGUCACUGGAGUUCCUUAGACCAUGUGCUAUCCAUAAAAACUUUUACUGACAAAAAAAAAACUGCGUGUCUCUGACUGUUUGUGUACCUGGGUUAGACAAUAAAUGGUGCCCUGCAUCUUGUAGCACAUACUUCACACAUAACCUGGGUCAAAGAGCAUUUGCAGUGUAAAGGGUGAACACGAGGGUGAAGUCACAGAGAAGACAAACUUUUAUUGGCAAGACUGCAAAUGCUUUUAAACCCAGGCCUGUGGCUGGUUGUUUUCUUGGCCUUUGACUGGUGAAUGUGUGGGAUGGUGGUUGAUAUGAUACAGCAGACAAAAGAAGAUUUCAGUUUGAAUGAUUCACCUCACCAGUGAUUAUAAUCGAAGCAGGAAAUUAAAACAAGACAUCAGCGAAAUAUAGUUUAGUAAACAGUGCUACUUUUUCCAGAUCAAACAACCAGAUGACUCCGCUAUCCAUGUGGCUGAAAACAUACCCAUCUAUUCAGUCCAUAGUUUCUUGUUGGUUUCACAGCAUGGUUUUCCACUAUUUGAAAAUACGGACCUCCCAUAUUUGGGAACAGGAAAAGAUAAUUCUACAGACCCAAGACGCAGUUGGUUCAAUCACUACAGUAAGAAUAGGCAGAGGUGAUAUGAUGCCAGCUAAGCCACCUGACCCUGAGCUGCAGUGAACGUGCCAACCAGGAGAACAGAGUUGUGAAUGAAUCAGUGCCACAACCUUAGAAAGAUUCUAAAACAUACACGGCAUGUUUUACCCUCAACACUGGCUCCAAAUGUCCACUCACAUGUUACUGAAUCCUUUGAACGUGAGCCUGGCCUGAGAUAUAGCACAAACACUGAGACUACAAUUGAGGAUAAAAUGAAGAGCCGGGAUUUCAGACCACACCGCAUCUGCUAGAAAACAGUGAAGCAGUAUUCACUGUAGAUGUUCAGUAAUGGAGAUAUGGAGCAACAUGGUCCAGGCCUGAGAUCCUGAAUGCUAGGAGUAGAAGAGCCGGAUGGCGUAUUGAAAUCACAGGAGUCAGAAAAUAGUUAAGAUGCACAACUGAGAUCUUUUUAAACAAGCCCGUUUGAUUAAUGUGGUUCCCAAAAGCUAAAAUCCCUCACCAUGAUAAGAAAACAGUCAUGUCCAUGUGCCAUUAUCAGACUCCUGUGAUAA